UAAAAACAUUUCAAUGUUGCAGAAAACAAAAUUUUCCAAAUCUCAGUUAGUUUCUCUUCUCUGGAUUCACUGAUUAACUUCAAAAUGGAGACUUCCAGAUCUCAAUCUUUCUUCCAAGAUAUCAGAUCCAGAGAGCUCAACGGAUUUAAAGUCACAAAGAGAUCAUAUUUUGGUCGCGCGGCGUUAGAUUUUGCAGAAAUUGGAGCUCUGGCCGUUGACCACGGCGGAAGAGACCCUCCGUUGGCAGUUUCAUUUUGCAAGACAAGUAGAAACUCUCAUAUAUUUGCAGUGUCUGAUGAGGAUGGUUAUGUGAGCUUGUUUGAUUCUCGAAGGAAAUUUUCUUCUUUUGCAUGUCAUCAAGAGAAUGCAGAGAAAGCCAGAAUUAUUGACUGGGUUGCACAUCAAAAUGCAAUUUUUGAUUUACAGUGGAUCAAGGAAGACAAAAACAUUCUGACAGCUUCAGGUGAUCAAACGAUAAAGGUAUGGGAUGCACAAGAAAAGAAAUGUAUUGGAGUGUUGAUGGGACACACAGGGAGCGUAAAAUCUUUGUGCUCUCAUCCAACAAAUUCUGAUAUUGUAGUCUCUGGUUCAAGAGAUGGGUCCUUUGCUCUAUGGGACUUGAGAUGCAGUACUAGUUCCAAAAGAAGUGGGGAAUUUCGCUUAGCCUCAUCUACUGUGGUAAACGGAGCUCAUCUUACGUCUCAGGCAAAAAGGGUUAGGCGUGGCAAGGCUGCUUCCAUGAGCAUUACAUCAGUUCUUUGUCUGAAAGAUGAGGUGUCCAUUGCAACUGCUGCCGCAGUGAACAGUGUUGUAAAAUUCUGGGAUACAAGAAAUCUUAAAUCUCAAGUUACUCAGGCAUGUCCUUAUCCUGAGUCAUCAGAUUUAAAGGAUAAAAGAUCACAUGGUAUUUCUAGCCUUUCUCAAGACUUAAACGGAGUGUUCCUUACAGCUUCAUGCAUGGACAAUAGAAUAUAUUUGUACAAUGUACUUCAGCUUGAAAAGGGUCCUAUAAAAUGCUUCUCUGGAUGUCAAAUAGGAUCAUUCUAUGUUAAGGCGGCAAUUAGUCCUGAUGCAGCACACAUACUCAGUGGCUCUAGCGAUGGAAACGCGUACAUAUGGCCGGUGAAUAAACCUCAAUUAGAUACAGUCAUGCUGAAAAGUCAUGAUGGAGAAGUCACAGCUGUAGAUUGGUGUCCAUUUGAGACUGGGAAGAUGGCAACUUCUUCAGAUGAUUUCACAGUUCGGUUAUGGAACAUACAGAACAAUUCUUGUUCGAGCAAAAGAUCUCCAUCUUCCAUUCGAAGGAGAGUAACAGCAAUUCCGAGUGCAGAAUGCAGAAAACUUUUGAUAAAUGGUGAAUUGGCAGAUUCAGCAAAGGGUCCUGAUAAUUCAAAUUCUUCAGAUGAAGUAGUGAACCAAACUAAUUCUUCCAAUCCUAUGAAUAUACCUAUAGUUGGUACUCCGGAUGCUAAGAAGAGAAAGUUGUCAUCAUCUGAUUUGGAAGAAACCUUUGAGAAAACCCCUGAAGCUUCUUUGAAGAGUCCAUCUUCUGUGUUGAACCCUCCUUCCUCUGUGAAACGAAAAACCAUCCGAGAUUACUUUAUCGUAUCGCCGUAGAAAUUCAUCCAAAGUAGUGUAUAAAAUGCAUUCUAUUAGUUUAUUAGUUCCAAAAGCAGGCUUCCCAAUCCCCUUCAAAUCAUAAGGAGUAAGUUUUCCCUCCUUUCUUGCUGACUUGUACGUGAAAUAUAAAGCUAUACAUGAACGGUCGUCCCUCCUAAUAUUUUUUAUUCCACUUCUGUUAGACCUGAAUCUCGACAAAGAAUGGGCUGAUGGCCCAACCCAAUGACACAAGGACUGCCCACAAGUAAAAUCCUGGACUGAGAAAAGCUCCUUUUCAUUUCUGGCUGGGAAGCUCAAGUGCCCAUGUUCAACAAUUGAGAAACGAAGCUUGUGGCCUGUGUGAGAUGAAAGACUGAAGUAGAAUUAAUUGCAUAAAUCAGACUGGCCCACUAUAGAAUUUAUAAUUCAAUGCUUUCAAUUAGGUACAAAAUAUACCACAGGCAGCUAAAGCAACUAAUUAAAGCCGCACCAUAAAAAAGCACUUAGUGGUUCCUACCUUUGCAUAAUUUAUUUUAUUGAUUGAUUGCUCUAUUGAGGCAUUGAGUUUAAAAUGUGACAUUAUAUUCUAUUCAUAUUACAUAUGUUCAAUGGAUUCUAUAAGUUGGGGCUACAUACAUGAUUAUAUGUAUUUAACAACCAAUAAUAGACUGCUCAAUCAUUACGGCCAUGCUUCUCUAUAAAUAUUUGACUUAUUCCUCCUUAA